AUGUGUACAGGAAAGUGCUCCACUUUUGUUGGCAUCAGUCUCUAUCCAUUGGCAAUAUUGUCCAUCAUCUGCAACAUUGUUCUGUUCUUUCCUGAUUUAAAAAGCACUUAUGCCAAACAAGACUCAGAAGGACUUUACCGUCUUACAGAUGAGGUCAAAUACAUGGGAGGUGUUAUUGGAGGUGGCAUCGUGGUGUUGAUACCUGCAAUUCAUAUCCAUAGCACUGGGAGAAAAGGCUGUUGUGCGAAUCGCUGUGGGAUGUUCCUGUCCAUUUUGUUUUCUGCAAUUGGUGUGGUUGGUGCCUUGUACAGUAUUGCUGUAGCUGCCGUUGGACUUGUUAAUGGACCGGUUUGCAUGACUCCAAGUGGCAGCUGGGAAAGACCUUUCAAUAACACAGGUGGAAGCUACCUGUCAGACUCUGAAAUUUGGGACAGGUGCACAGAGCCAAAUAAUGUAGUGGAGUUUAACAUUGGCCUGUUUAGUACAUUGCUGGUAGUUGGCUGUUUAGAACUGCUGCUCUGUGGAUUUCAGGGGAUCAACGGCCUCUUUGGCUGCAUCUGUGGUACAUGCAAUAACAAAGAGGGACCAUAAACUACAGACCACUUAGAAGUAAAUUCAGCAUCCGGUUUACCACACCCCUCACACUUUCUGUUUCCU